UUCCCUCAGUCCCUGUUAAAAGAGUUUGGCCAGGGCCAGUUGGUGCCGGGGGGUCGCCUAUAGCUUAGUACUAUCCUGGGGGGUGAUUGCUGCGUCUUUUUUUAAUCCCAACAGAUUUUUUCUAUUUUAUUUUUUAUUUUUUAAUUUUUUUUCUACUUCUCUGAAUAUCGCCAUUCUCUCACUCUAAGAUCUGAUACCCCUUCGAGAUUUUUCCUUUCAGAUCAUGAACAAACUAUAUGUUGGGAAUUUAAGUCCUUCGGUCACUGUCGAGGACUUGAAGCAGCUCUUUGGGGAGAGGAAGCUGCCAGUGGCCGACCAGGUCCUACUGAAAUCCGGCUAUGCUUUUGUGGACUUCCCCGAUCAGAACUCGGCCAUAAAGGCUAUAGAGACUCUUUCUGGUAAAGUUGAAUUACACGGAAAGGUGAUAGAGGUAGACUACUCUGUUCCCAAAAAACUAAGGAGUCGGAAGAUCCAGAUCCGGAACAUUCCCCCUCAUCUACAGUGGGAGGUUUUGGAUGGCCUUCUAGCUCAGUAUGGUACUGUAGAAAACGUGGAACAAGUGAACACUGAUACAGAAACAGCAGUGGUGAAUGUUACAUACGCAACCAAGGAGGAAGCUAAAGUAGCCAUCGAGAAGUUGACAGGACACCAGUUCGACGACUACUCCUUCAAGGUGUCAUAUAUCAUGGACACGGAUGCUGCUCCACCUGUCCAGGCUCCCCGCACGCGUCGUGGGGGUCGGACUUCCCGGGACCAGGGCUCCUCUCAGCCCGGGCCAUCAGGAGGCUACGGAUCUCCACGCCCCAGACAACACGACUUCCCACUGCGCAUGCUCGUGCCUACUCAGUUUGUGGGAGCCAUCAUCGGCAAGGAAGGCAACACCAUCAAGGAUGUCACCAAACAGACACAGUCAAAGGUAGACAUUCAUCGGAAGGAAAAUGCAGGUGCAGCUGAAAAACCCAUCACCAUCCACUCAACACCCGAGGGCUGCUCCGCCGCCUGUCGCAUGAUCCUGGAUAUCAUGCAGAAGGAGGCCAAUGAGACCAAGACGACGGAGGACAUCCCUCUGAAAAUCCUUGCCCACAACAGCCUUGUGGGUCGGCUGAUUGGCAAAGAGGGCCGCAACCUGAAGAAGAUCGAGGAGGAGACAGGGACCAAGAUAACCAUCUCCUCGUUACAAGACUUAACUAUUUACAACCCUGAGAGGACCAUCACGGUGAAGGGCAGCGUAGAUGCGUGUUGUAAAGCUGAGAUGGAAAUCAUGAAGAAGCUGAGGGAAGCCUACGAGAAUGAUAUUGCUGCUAUAAAUCAACAGGCCAACUUGAUCCCGGGCUUGAACCUGAACGCUCUGGGCAUCUUCUCCUCUGGUCUGCCGGUGCUGCCCCCUGCUGCUGGACCACGUAGCGCUGUGCCUGCUGUGGCGCCAGCAGGGUACAACCCAUUCUUAGCAUGCUUGUCACUUCACUUUCAGAGUCACUCUUCACAUCUCAGUGGCCUGUAUGGGGUUCCUCCAGCAAGUGCCAUCCCCCACCAGCACUCACAACAGGCUCCAGAACAGGAGGUUGUCUACCUCUUUAUUCCAACUCAGGCAGUCGGGGCCCUGAUCGGCAAGAAGGGUCAGCACAUCAAACAACUUGCCCACUUUGCCGGAGCUUCCAUCAAGAUCGCUCCGGCUGAGAGUCCAGAUGUUACUGAGAGGAUGGUCAUCAUUACUGGAACACCAGAAGCUCAGUUUAAGGCCCAAGGUCGGAUAUUUGGAAAGCUGAAAGAGGAAAACUUCUUCUCUGCGAAGGAGGAGGUCAAACUGGAGACACACAUAAAGGUUCCUUCAAGUGCAGCUGGCAGGGUCAUCGGUAAAGGUGGUAAGACGGUAAACGAGUUGCAGAAUCUUACAAGCGCGGAGGUCAUCGUACCGCGGGACCAAACUCCUGAUGAGAACGACGAGGUCUUUGUGAAAAUCAGUGGGCAUUUCUUUGCCAGCCAGACUGCACAGAGGAAGAUCCGGGAGAUCAUUCAGCAGGUCAAACAGCAGGAACAGAAGCACCAGCAGGGCGCCGCUGUGUCACCGCACCACUCCAAGUGACCAGCCGGGUGGCUCCAGUGGGCACCAGCCAAUGAAUGUAGCCCUCCCAAAUGAACAGAGACCUAUCCAGACUAAGGCCAAGGCCAAGGGGGACAUGCAGGGCAGACCAGCAGCACCGGGAUCAAAACCAAAGAACUUCGCUAGGGGGGACACAAGUGAGAGCCAAAGGCUGAGGGCAUUGUGUGCACUGCCAGCCCUGUGAGAGCAGAUAGAUUGGGAGAAAUUGUACUGAAGCUAAAAAAAAAAAUUAAUAAAGAAAUAAAAAGACCAAAAAAAAAAAAAAAUACCUACAAGAAAGGCGGAAAUGGCAGAAAAUUUGGGAACUGUUGUCUUCACGGUUUAAAAAAAACUAGUUUGUCGCCCUGCAUAACGUUAUCUCUUUAGUUGGACUAACAUAGGCCUAAAAAAAAGAAAAAGAGAAAAUGCAACUCUAUUUUAACACGAGUGUGUACGAGGCAUUGUGAUUGAUAUUUUGGGUUAGAGCGAGAGCCAGCGACAGCGGACUCCUUCUCUCACGCGUGUUUGAGAUAUUUAGAUUGUGAGAUCAAAUAUCCUUAGCAGUAUUAAUGCAGUAGAAACGUGUAUGGAUACACACUGAGAGCAUGCUCUGUUAUUUUAUUCAUCAAAAUGACAGUAGAGCUUGGUGUUAGUAUUUUGCUUGUACCUGAGAUUGAUUGACUGAGUAAUCGAUUGAUUGACAGCCUCCCCUUGUUUGUUCCCAUUUUUAGGCCACUGAAAUUUGAAAAGAAAACCCCUAUAAGUAAAUAAGGUGAAUGGUUCUGAGUCUUUGUAACAAGCCUGUGUGUGUGCCAACGCAAAAGAUAACGUCCCUUUCAAAUAUAUCUCACCAUUCAUAUCUGAUACUAAGCUUUUUUUUUUUUCUCUCUUUUCUUCUAAUUUCUGCUUCACUUCUCAUCACUCUCUCUCAUUGGACACAAUGUAUUUUUUGUUUUUGUUUGGGUCUUUUCUUUUAAAAAAAAAAAAAAAAGGGAUAAAAAAACUUUCCAUAGCUUUUUGAUAACCUUGAACUGACUGCCACUUUUGCUCAAGAGAGGUUAAAUGCAACUGAGGGAUUUUUCUUUUUUCUUUCUUUUUUUUGUAAUCAGUAAAAUUCUGUCAUGCUGUGCAGUAGACGUCGUCUGUGUUCACGCUCGUCGUCUCCUCUUCAAUCAGAGCAAAAACCGACGUCUUAACGAGCGGUGCGCGUUCGCCUGUUAACCGGUCUUCUUCGGACGCGCGCCGCCACACGCUUGGCCUUAUGAGGACGUUGCAAGGGCCAGCACAGAAUGUGAGCUGAGGGCCCGUUAAAGGAGGGGGACAGGGUUCGGGGCAGGGUUGGGAGGGUUAGGGGGAGGCAGGGUGCAGACCUCUGGUGUGUGGGGUGGCAGCGAGGUUGGAUUUUAAGGGAGGCGCUGUAUGACCUGUGGUACACGACCAGCCGCAGCCGCGUUUGGCUUUAACCCUCUCUUGUCAGGGAGCUUUCUAAAAAUGGCAUGACAGCUGUGAAUGUACAAAAUGCAGCCUUUUUAGAAAAAAAAUACAGAUAUCACCCUUGCCGUGUCCAGCAGGCCAGGCCAGUGGCACACGACACACAGAUUGUCAUCCUCUUGCUCUCUGUUGUUUUCGCUUUUUUUUUUUUUUUUUUUUUUUUUAAAUUAAAAAAAAUUUAUUUUGGCGAGCUGGCCGCCUGCUCUGCGGGCAUGCUGGACACGCAGGUCCUGGUGUCCCUUUGUGCUUUACUUUGAAGAACAUAGAAGCUUGUUGCCUUAUUUUGUCACCUUUCAUACAUCACCCAUCAGCUUCAUCUUCCAGACGCAAGGUUAUUGCCAAUACGCACAGCUUCCUCCGUGUGUGUGUGUGUGUGUGUGUGUGUGUGUGCGCGUGCGUGUGUAUAUAUAUAUAAAAAGAGAGAGUAAUAUUUAUGAAUCUAUUUUUUCCUAUUUUGUCAUGAGAGCUAUUGAUAAGAAACAAAAAGAAGACAAAGUCCUUUUCUUUUUUUCCUCAGUGGGACACUGCCAUAUUAUUUUGAAGGGAAGUGUUUAUUUUCUUGAAAAAACUAAAACAAAAACUAGACUAUGAAUAAUAAUAUAAUGAAUAAAAACCUGAAAAAAUAGGAAAGCAGUAAAAGUGAACCACCGCGUUAACUUGUGGUCGGGAUGUGAACAGUGCGCAUGUCAGUAUUGUGAUCUACCUCAGGCUUCAGGGUACCUCAGUCCAAUCUUUCAUUUCCCCUUUUUUCCACAUUUUUGUAUGCCUUGUUAACUAAUCAUUUUGAGCGUUUUUAAUUUUCUUUUUUAAUGAAAUGAAAAAAGAUAAAAGAUCUACAGUAAUCUCUACUCUCUUCAGGUCCAGCCGACUAGUAAAACUUUGUAAAAGAAAAAAUCAACUAAAAAUAACCGUAGUCAACUUUGUCGGACUGCUUGCCUGGACGCCAUACAACCUCUUAAUGAUACAAAAGAAUUUCCAAGUCAGUUUUUUUUUUUGUUUUGUUUGCUAGAAAGGAAUGAAGAGCAGGAUCUAAGGGGUACAUACCUGCCCGAUGUGGUUCUGAAUGUGGAUGUUGUGUACUGAUUUCACCUUAAAAAAAAUUAAAGAGAAUG